AUGAGUCUUCCGUGUCUGAUACCGGUAGUCUUUUUUGUGAUGAAGUUUCUCAAGAGAAUGGUUGUGAGGAUAAGGUUUGAUUUUGAAGUCAUGAAUGAAAAUGAAGGCAGCUCUUCUGAUAAAAACAUGAAGGCUGAUGGCAGUGAUGAAAUGAAGAAAAAGUUAAACACUGCUAAUACUUCCCAUUUGGAAAAGAUCUUGCAGCCAUGCAUGCAAGAUAAGACACUGCAACAUAAUCUUGGUCCAAACAAGUAUGAGGAUACAUUGAGCUUGAAUCACGGAAAUCCUGGUUGUAAUCGAGAAGAAAAUCUAAUGCCAUUGGAUCCCGAUAGAAGUACAAUGAGGCCUCCAAAGCUGGUAAGGAAGAAUGAUACCAAAGAUGCAAAAUCAGAAGCUGAGAUCCAACAUGACAAGCGGGGCAUGAGCGCUAGUUUAGUUAAAAGCUUCUCCCCAAGUUCAACUUGUACAGGCAAUAAAGAAAAUGAUGGUUUUGUUACAGCAAGGAAGAAGAGUUGCACGGGAGCAAAUGAUGAAAAUUCUUGGAAGAAACCAGAAAAGAAAUUAUUACAUUGUUCAACAAAUACACGAACAGUUUCAUUGGCAGGUGAAAAGCAUGCUGUGACAAAGAGAAAGGCAUUAACAGAAGCAACAAAUCUUAAACAUUCCAAUGCCAUGGAGAUUACAGGGAAAUGGCAAUUCCCUCAGAAACGUAAACCUAAUCUUGGGCCUUCUCUGAAGCAACUUAGGCUAGAGCGAUGGGUUCGUAAGAUUUGA